CGCACUACGUUUGCUUGAGGCUUUAAUCCGCUAUAGGGAAUUCCUGUUGGCUGCUCGACCCACGUGGUUCUGGCUCCUGUAUAAAAAGUUUCUGUCUAAAGGGGUACAAUGUUGCGAUCGCAAGGGGUUAAAGCUGUUCAUACGAGCGCAUCGCCGUGUCCAUGAAAGCGAUGAAGAAUUACUUGGACACCGCAAACUGGAAGACGACACAUGAGACAAAGAAGAACAGGACCUAAAACGAAAGGCGGAUGUCAAGCACCUAGCUAUUGUGCCGUGGGGGAAAAAGUAGUGGCAUCUUUUAUAUUUUCUACCAUUAUGGAUAUUUGUAACUGACCAGAGACUCUGCAACUUGACAGGCUACAUACAUGGGCAUGAACUGCAAUUAUUUACUCUAUAAUAUUGCUUCCAUAAUAAUUUCUUUAGCCAUGGCAUGACGCUGAAUUGCCACCGAUGCUGAGACUUUUGUCAAGUAGGAACGGGGAGACAAUAAAAUCACAAUGUACUAUGACAAAAACGUGAUUUUUUUCGAUCACACAUCACUGACUGACCAAGAGCUGAAGAUAUAAGAAAAUGAUUAUUCCAGUCAUUUCAUCUAAUUCCAAUGAAGUCUGUAAAUUCUCGCAUAGAAGAUCUUAGUGCAUCCUUACAGGAAGACACAUGCUCUGGAUGUUACAACUUGCUCUUGCGCUUAGAACAUUUUCGUUUGGGACGAGACUGAAGCCUUUCUAAAAAAAAAAAAAACAAACAAAAAAAAAACGACCUAUCAGAAGCUCUGUUCAUCCUCGAAGUAAAAACUAGUGACUCCUUUUUCCGUGCUUUCUUUUUUUGCUCUUAAAGAAUGCGAAGUUUCCUUGUCAAGGUGCUUUGUCUCUUAGCCUGCGCGUUAUCCGCGCACUGCACGCCCGCGCCAGAAACCGAGGCGCACACGACGGCGUCGCGCGAUUCGUGCGCGUCGUGUGGUCUCACGCAGCCUGCCGACUCGGGAAGGAUGGACGAGGAGUUCGUAGAGGCGGUUAAGAGACACAUCCUGACCAGGCUGCAGAUGAGGGAGAGACCCAACAUCACUCAGCCCAUACCAAAGGCAGCCAUGGUGACCGCGCUGCGUAAGUUGCACGCCGGGAAGGUGCGAGAGGACGGCAGGGUCGAGAUCCCCGAAGUAGACGGGCACGCAAGUCAUGCCAAUGACGUCGAGGAGGAAACGUCAGAAAUCAUCAGUUUUGCAGAGACAGACGAUUUGCUGUCUUCGAAGUCUAGCCUUUUCUUCAUCAUCUCCAAUGAAGGCAACCAGAACCUCUAUGUGUCUCAGGCAAACCUGUGGCUGUACUUUAAACUUCUGCCUAGUUUGUUGGAGAAGGGCACUCGAAGGAAGGUCAUGGUUAAAGUAUACUACCAAGAACCAGGCCUAGGCAGCAAGUGGAACCUGGUGGAGAAGCGGGUGGAGCUGAAACGCAGUGGCUGGCACACGUUCCCUCUUACUGAUGCUGUGCAACUUGUGUUCUCCAAAGGUACACGAAGGCAGAACCUGGAUGUUCGGUGCGAAGGCUGCGAGGUGGCAGGUGUUCUGCCUGUAUUGGUGAACUCAGGUGAUGAGUCACACCGACCUUUCUUGGUGGUGCAGGCACGUGCAACAGACAGCAAGCACCGCAUCCGCAAACGCGGCUUGGAGUGUGACGGUACCAGCGGCCUGUGCUGCCGCCAACAGUUCUACAUUGACUUCCGCCUCAUCGGCUGGAACGACUGGAUCAUCGCUCCAUCAGGCUACUUUGGCAACUACUGUGAGGGAAGCUGCCCGGCAUACAUGGCUGGAGUUCCAGGAUCAGCAUCAUCAUUUCACACCGCUGUAGUGAACCAGUACCGCAUGAGGGGGAUGAGUCCAGGCUCCAUGAACUCCUGCUGUAUCCCCACCAAACUCAGCACCAUGUCCAUGCUGUACUUUGAUGAUGAGUACAACAUUGUCAAGCGUGAUGUACCCAACAUGAUCGUAGAGGAGUGUGGAUGCGCUUGAACGGGGAUUUUUAAGGACUUGUCACUCUGUAAACGUUCAUUGAUGGAACAAAUUAUUGUAAAAUGAUAUUUAUAAACAGCUGGGCAAACAGUCACCCUGAUGUCCACACUCACACACCUAUGCAUGCACAAAUCGUUUGUACAUAUAUUUAUGUUGCAUAAUAUCUUCCUGUUAGACUCAUUUAUAUGUGUUACAGUCUUAUUCUAAGAGUACAGGCUUGUUCAGGAGGUGCUGAACUCAAAGGGAUGACAAAGUUGUGUUCUAAGUUUAUUGCUGGUUCUUUUAUGUUUCUCUCCUCUAAAAUUUUGGAAAAUCGAGAUGAUAGGAGCCUUAGAAAAGGGUCUUUUCCCUGAACCCCCCAGAAUUUCUCUGCAAUGCCUCUUUCACUGUAUACAAAAGCACUGACCAACUCCCCAUUUAAUCCUUUCAACAGCAGCACUUUGCUUAACCACUCCAUUGGAAAAUCACGACAACUGAUCCAUUUUAGAACCUCCAUCAAGCAGUAUUCAUCUGUCAAACUCGGUCAAACAACUGACCCAUAUUGUUUAAGACAUGCUGCAUUCGCAAGUACUCACGUUAGUGCGGCUUAUUACCACAGGACAUGAGUAGGCAUUUGUCAUUACAUAAUAUAAAGGGUUUUUUUUUUAUAGCAAGAGACAUGAAUUUAUAGUUUUCUUCCCUCCCGAGUGCUUAUUUUUAUAAACACAUUUGUACACAGAGUAAAGGGAAUUAUGUGUCUAAAUUUCUGCUUGUGUGUGUGUUACAGUGCUGUUUGCUAAAAAAAAACUUCCAAAAGUACUUAAAAUAUCUGUAGAAUAUUAUAUUUCUUCUUUCAAGUUGUCAUUUUUCAGUUAGCUAGGGGUGCAAAAAAAAACUUUCAAAAAGUAGAAGAAAUAAAUAAACCCAAAAUGCACAAUUUAUAGCACUUGCUAAUUGAAAUGCCUUUAAAGGGUACCGAGUGGCACCUCUGUGCUCGCUAACAAUCCUUUUUUUCAAAUAAGUGCCACACAAACUAUGCAAUGUAUAGUACAGUCCCAUGUCAGACAAACUAGCUAGUAGGUGUAUGCUAUCUUUCAAUACUUGAAAUGUCUUUCGCUUCCUUCUCUGAAUGAAUGGUUGUUACGAUGUUAUGAUGUUUGCACUGAAAAAGUCGCAUUAUGAGUAAAAGAAAUGGAAAAAAAAAACUUGCCAUUAAAAUAAAAGCUAUUUUUAUAAACAUAAAAUAAAUUCUGUUCAAAUGUAUUAUAGUGAACCGUGGAACCAAAGAGGCCAAGAUUUUUCUUUAGCUAUAAUAAGAUGGGAUUUCUUUAGCUAUUAUAAGAUGACCAUCACAUUGUUAUGUAAAAUACUUUUUUAUUUGAUCAUGUAAACGGCCUAAACACUGUAUCAGGGUACCAUAUUAUGGAUUCCAUUUUCAGCUCAAUUCUCUUUCUUUCUUAUUUUGUACAGUAGAUAAAUGAAAUAUUUCAUAUUUUUUCAACUUUAAUAUUUUUUGGUUUUCUAUUUAAUACUUCUAGUUCCUUUUGCAGAAUCAUUUAGAAUCAAAUACGUGCCACCUCUGUACAGCAUAUGUAAGAUAAAGAAUGCUUUUAAAUAUUUUGUUCUUUGUAACUGUUAUAA